UGAAAAUUACAUUUCCGGCGUACUCAAUUUCUAGCAAAAUGUAUAAAGAAAUAUACAUACAUAAUAGAAUUUUAAAUCUUUUUUUGUCAUGAGAAAACUAAUGUUUUUGAUAAGUAUCAUUUGGAUAAUGUUGCAAAACGAAGAAUGGUGUAUAAAUCAAGUCUCUGCAGCUGGUUGUGGUCUAGGAAAGGAAUUUAGAUAUUCUAAGUGCUUAAACUGUUAUGAAAAUUACUACAAAGAUACAGAAGGAAACACUGACUGUAUUAAGUGUCCUCGUCACAAAGAAACAUCUAUAACUGGGGCUACCUCAGUUUCGGAUUGCAACGUUGAUUACUGUGACAUAGGAGCAGAAUAUGUGGAUCAAACGUGUUCAGAUUGUCAAGUUGGAUUCUACAAAGAAACUCAGGGAAAGUCUUCUUGUGCAAAAUGUCCUGCUCAUUAUAUUACAUUAGCAACAGGCGCGACAUCUGGCGAUGAUUGUAAUAUCCUUUACUGUGGCCCAGGGUAUGAAAAAAAGGAUGAUAAAUGCUCUGAAUGUGAUUUUGGUUCCUACAAAAUCGAUAAAGGAAACAGUCCGUGUAAAAAGUGCCCUGAACAUAAAAAAACACCUGGAAAAGGUUCCCAAUCUAUGUCUAGCUGUUCUCUUACCUUCUGUGAACCAGGAUUUUAUUCACCUGACACUAUCGUUUGUUCCAUAUGUCCGAACGGUACUUACAAAGGUGAAGCUGGAAACAUGCCAUGCACACCUUGUCCUGGGAACACAACAACUCCGUCAUUUGGAAGCACCAACAUCGCACAAUGCAGUUUAAUACAUUGUGAAAAAGGAUUGUUUUUAAGAGAUAACAUUUCCUGCUCUGUUUGCCUAAAUGGAACCUAUAAAGACUUUACUGGAAAUCAGCAAUGUAUAAAAUGCCCUAUGAACACAACAACUAGGGAAGUUGGUGGUACUGACAUCAAAGAUUGCUCUUUGGAAUGUCCGAAAAUUUGCAUACCAAAUGACCCGUGUAAAUAUACAGGGACCAGUAGCUGUGUGUGCCCGAGUGGAUAUUAUGGACAAGAGUGUUCGAAGCGCUGUAGCCCAGGAUGUCUCGACGAUUCAUGUCACAGAAUCAACGGUACAUGUCAAUGUAAAGAAGGAUAUUACGGUGACAAGUGCUUGAAAACUGGUAUUCUGGACAAAAAUAAUAAAUGGAGCAGCCAUUGUAAAAGUAACUGCUCGGAAGAAAAACGUUUCACAUCUGACCAAUGCUCAAUGGGCUGGUUCGGUGAAUUCUGCCAAUACAAAGAUCUGGGUGUGGAUGCCAUCAUGGACAAUACAGUACUGAACGACAACAACGACAGCACGUGUGUGAAACAGAACAACGUUACAGUUCACUGGCAAAAGGAGUUGCAAGCUAUCACAUGGAUUCGAUUGGUCUUAACCAGCAAUGAUGAUAUCAGUGAAAUAACAAUACAGUUUAAUGAUGAAGAGAUAAGCGGCCCAUCUUUAUUCUGCGAUCCUAGUGACUUCAAAUAUCGCAAGUAUGGAAACACAUCAAUAGAUUUCCAUUGUGAAUACUCCUACUUCCAUGAUUUAGUACACAUAUCUUGGCAAAGUGACAGCUCUAUAUGCUCUGUCUAUAUAAGCGGAGAAAGAAAUAUGGCCACAACUGCGAGAAAAGUGAGAUGGAAGAAUAUAGGCAAAAGAUGGACACCCAUUGAGACACUAAAUGACGGUUACUAUGGCAGCGAUGGCUGUUUGAUAAUGAACUCGAGUAUAGUACUAGAAUUUAAUUUCUGGAAUGACAUUUUCUCAUCUCAAAUCAUAAUGUUUACAGACUUUCCACGAGAGGAUGGACAUGGAACCUUCUCUGUGCUGCUCAUGGGUGCCCGUGAAGAUCUUGUCUUUAACAUCUCGACCAGCAGAAAAGAUGUAUUUGUCCAGAAAGCCAUUUUUGAAGCAGCCUAUUCUUUUAGGUCUGUAAACAUAAGAGUAUUGAGUGGGACAUUGCAUCUUUGUGAAGUGGAAAUCUACGGAGAUUGCGAGAAGCCAUACUACGGGCCCAUUUGUCUACAUAUAUGUUACUUGACAUGUCGAAAUCAGGUCUGUACUUAUGAAGGUGAAUGCUUCAAUUGUGUGCCUGGACGCAGUGGUCCUUACUGUGAGACCCGUGAUUACAACUAUAGUGAAUAUGUAUCUAUAGCAGCUGCACCAACUACAGUGUUGUAUGUGUCCAGUCAAGAUGAAGAAUAUUCUUUUGAAGCUAUUCAUCUCGGAAUGUUACUACAAAUGGUUCUGCUAAUAUGUAUCAUUUUCAUAGCGAACAAAUGUUAUUCUGUUCACUCUAAUCAAGAGGUUAGUAUGGAAGAUAUAUCGAAUGAAUGAAAUAAAUUUCUAUACAAAUAUUACACUUUGA